AUGGCGGCAACGGCAACAUGGGGGCGUAAUUCAGGCCGCUUUUCAUUGCUUCUCCUGGAAGACGGUGAGGUUCUUUUGUCAGACCUAGCUGUGCAAUACCGUCUAAUCGCAGACAACGCAUCAACAUGUGACAGUCAAAAUGUUAAUAGGCACUUACACAGAUUUCUCGCAAAGUCGGAGAAUGGCACCAUUUCUGGACGCGUGAAAAUUGGCACGAAGAAUAUCUUCUUUGACAGUGAUGACUGGCGUGAUCCUGUUUUCCGAAUAUCGAUCUCGUGUGUUGAUAGAGCCUGUCUUUCUAGAGAUGGUGAGCAGUCAUCCGGAGGCGACCACAACAGGGUCUCAGAAGUUUCGCAUCCAAAUGCAGAAGACCAGGAGACGUCAGUCUUGGUUUUCGCGAAAAGCGGUCAGUUGCAGCGGGAACACGGCAACGAUCAUGCAUACAUUGACGUCCAUGUCAACGGCGUGCAUAGUUUUACGCCUUCGUACACCUCAGAACAGCAUUUGCUCGAUGAAAUACAGGUCUUAUUGCAGAUCAAUUCCUUGCCAUCACGACGCAAGCGCGAAGAACGAUUGCGAGAUCUAGUGGCAGAGCGGGAGUCGAAGGUCGCAUUUGAUAUAACCCUUCUGGAACAUGAUGAGUUGGAGCACGAAUUGUUAGAUUCCUCUGCUUCUGCCGUAUAUGCCAUAGCCAGAGGACCGGGUAGGUUUCGAAUAUACCCCACGAAUGUCUACUUUAUGCCAAUACACGGAGAGUCAUCGGAGGCCGUCAAGCGAAUACCAAUCCGAAAGAUACGCUCCAUUCGGCGAAUGCGACAUGGCUGUCAGAAUGCGGCACUGGAGCUUGGUUACAUUGAAACCUCUGAGGAGGAUGAUGCACAUCGAAUAGCCACCUUCAUGGUUUCCUUUCCAAGCUCUGCUGUACGCGAGAAAGCCGUUGAGGUAUUACUUGGUUUGGUGAAAGAAGGUGUAGAGCUAUAUGACAGAAGAGAAUUAGAGGUUGCCUUGAGCAAGUGGAGAGCGGGAGAGAUGUCAAACUUCAGCUACUUGAUGUAUCUGAACUUGGCGGCCGGCCGAAGCUUCAAUGAUCUCUCUCAAUAUCCGGUGUUUCCAUGGGUAAUUACCGACUACGAAUCUGACGAGCUUGAUUUGAACUUGCCAUCAACUUUUAGAGAUCUCUCCUUGCCGAUAGGGGCUUUGGACCCGAGGAGGUUGGCUGUGUUUUCAGAAAGGUUUGAUGCCAUGCCACCACCUCGUUUCUUCUACGGAACUCACUAUUCUACUCCAGCGUACACAAUUAACUACCUGGUUCGUGCUGCACCGGCUGCUAUGCUUCGACUCCAGAACGGACGCUUUGAUAACCCGGAUAGGCUCUUUAACAGCAUUUCGAGUACAUGGCGGGGGGUGUUAUCAAAUCAAGGAGAUGUGAAGGAACUCAUUCCGGAGUUUUUCGCCAUUGGCAUAACAGAUGGCGCCGCAUCAGGAGUUUUAACAAGCCCGUCGACCCCAGGUCAGUUUCUUGACAACAUUCAAAGCCUCGAUCUUGGUGUACGUCAGGAUGGUAAAAAAGUAACUGACGUGGAGCUUCCGCCAUGGGCAGGCGGAAGCUCAGAGCGCUUUGUGAGACGAAACCGAGACGCUCUUGAAUCUCCCUUUGUUUCUGAGAGGCUUCAUACGUGGAUUGAUAUCAUUUUUGGAGUGAAGAGUGGGAGCGCUGAUGCGAAGAACGUGUUUUACACAGAUGCCGCCAUUCCAAACUCAAUGAAUACUGAAGACAUAUCGAAGAUGACGGGGGAAGAGAUCGCGCAAUUGGAAACAGUUUACCUAGAAUUUGGGAGAACACCUCGACGCUUGUUCGAGUAUCCACAUCCACCGCGGUACGGUUAUUUUCAUGAAACUACAGACCAAAUGGGUGAUUCAACAGAUAUCAAUUGGUCUGAACAGCCACAGCUUGACAUUGAAACAGAGAAAGAGAUCGAUAAACAAAAUGAGAUCUGCAGUACUGUAACUGAUUAUAGGACAGACAGUCAUUCUCGGAGGAAAUGUAUCAAGACUGCUGCCGAUGAUGACCGGCAUCUACAAACUGGCACCUCAUGGGGCCCACACUCUCGACGCCGCAAUUCAGUGUUAUCUGGUACAGGGGAGCAUGUCCUGCUUUCUUAUGAACCGAAGGAUGAAUGUGAUCCUCCAGAGCUUCAUUCAUCUUGUAUCGCAAAUGUCAUACAAGCACCUGAGGACCGUAACUGUUCGAAUGCGAUUCUUGAUAUUUGCAUUGUUGAAAGUCAUCCUGUGGGGAGAACAGAUUCAUUGCAGCAAGUCAAUGAUGAUCCUUGGCUUUGUACUGUUUGGCUCGAUGGUCACCUUAAGAUCUAUAGUGAAUCCAGCACUAUUCGUUCAAAGUACUUAGGAGAUGUUUCCAGCGUUGUGUAUCUAUCUCCAAAAAACGUUGUUUACGGAACACAGUCUGGAGAUAUCAGAGUGUACUACGUCAACACAGGGCGAACCGAAGACCUUCAAAGGGCGGCACAUGAUGCAGAAGUGACUGCAUUGGAGUGCGUGCAAGACUUGCAAGUCAUAAUCUCCAGCUCCAAGGACGCCAGUGUCAAAGUGUGGCAUUUUGACAUGCAAAACCAGAGUUUGGCUUCGCUCAAAAUAGUUCAAGAAUUAGACGCUGAGAGUUCUGUGGAAGAUAUCAACGUAUGCAUCGCUCCUGUUAAACGACCGACAAGCACAGUCGAUGCCAUGCCACAGUUACUGAUUGCAGCAGCAUCUUUCGAAGGAGACCUGGUGGCCUGGAGCAUUCCUGCUUCGGGCAUGGAGGAAGACUUCCCAGAGCCUAUUUGGAGGGUGGAGUGUCCUGGAAGGUCUCAAAAAGCCCGCGGGGAUGCACCAAGGACGAGAGUACGAAAUCUCACGUGGCUUUAUCAGGGUUUGACGAAGAUGCCAGCUCUAGCUUCUGUUCACCCUGAGGACAAUUGCCUACGUGUCUGGUCACUGGAUGAAACAAAUAUGGCAUCUACGGAGGUGUUCUUAUCGACAGGGGUGACAGCUUGCAUCACGCAGGCUCCCGUUGCUCGCACUCUGGUCGUGGGAGGGGCGAAUGGACAAGUUCAUGAAUUCGAUGGAACUGGGUUAUUGCUGGGAAAGGUGAUAGUCAAGGGGACUGAGGUUUGUCGUAUUUUUAUUUCACAACACGCCAUGUGUGUGUACCUCUUAACAGGGUCAGGGAAAGCACUGCGUCUCAACCGGUGA